AAAUUAGCCGACACUUUGUGGGCUCUCCGGCAUGUGCCUGUUUGCUUGGUGCCGCUCUCCUGAUAAAUCACAACAAAGCUUUCGGAGGAAGAGGAAGGAUGGACGGCACUGCUGCCCCUGUCACUAAAUCUGCAGCUGCUAAGCUGGUCAAGAGAAAUUUCCUUGAGGCCCUAAAGACAAAUGACUUUGGAAAAUUGAAGACCAUUUUAAUCCAAAGGCAAAUAGAUGUGGACACAGUUUUUGAAGUUGAAGAUGAGAAUAUGGUUUUGGCAUCUUAUAAACAAGGUUAUUGGUUGCCUAGCUAUAAACUAAAGUCCUCUUGGGCAACAGGCCUGCAUCUCUCUGUCUUAUUUGGUCAUGUGGAAUGUCUGCUGGUGCUCCUGGACCACAAUGCUACAAUCAACUGUAGACCCAAUGGGAAAACUCCUCUCCAUGUGGCCUGCGAAAUGGCCAACUUGGAUUGCGUUAAGAUCCUUUGUGACCAUGGAGCAAAGCUCAAUUGCUAUUCUUUAAGUGGACACACAGCUUUACACUUUUGUACAACUCCAAGUUCCAUUCUCUGUGCCAAGCAAUUGGUUUGGAGAGGGGCGAACGUGAACAUGAAGACCAAUAACCAGGAUGAGGAGACACCCUUGCACACAGCUGCGCACUUCGGCCUCUCGGAGCUGGUGGCCUUCUAUGUGGAACACGGGGCUGUCGUGGACAGUGUGAACGCCCACAUGGAGACCCCCCUGGCUAUCGCAACCUAUUGGGCCCUCCGCUUUAAAGAGCAGGAGUACAGCAGGGAGCACCACCUCAUCUGCCGCAUGCUGCUCGACUACCACGCCGAGGUCAACGCCAGGGACGAUGACUUCAAAUCUCCGCUCCACAAGGCAGCCUGGAAUUGUGACCACGUGCUCAUGCACAUGAUGCUGGAGGCUGGUGCCGAAGCCAAUCUCAUGGAUAUCAACGGCUGUGCUGCCAUCCAGUACGUGCUGAAGGUCACCUCCGUGCGCCCUGCCGCGCAGCCUGAGAUCUGCUACCAGCUGCUGCUGAAUCACGGGGCUGCUCGAAUAUACCCUCCACAGUUCCAUAAGGUGAUACAGGCUUGCCAUUCCUGUCCCAAAGCAAUUGAAGUUGUAGUCAAUGCCUACGAACACAUCAGGUGGAACGUAAAGUGGAAACGGGCUAUCCCUGACGAUGACUUGGAGAGAUACUGGGACUUCUAUCACUCUCUCUUCGCCGUGUGCAGUAACUCCCCAAGGACUCUCCUGCACUUGUCGAGAUGCGCCAUUCGAAGAGCGUUACACAGCAGAUGUCACCGAGUAAUCCCUUUGCUCUCCCUCCCAUUGUCAUUGAAAAAGUACUUGCUUUUAGAGCCAGAGGGAAUCAUUUAUUAGGUCUUAUGAGACAGAGGUUCCCAUUCUCAGACAUUUAAGUGGCCUCACCAGGUAGAUACCGUUUACAUAAACAAAAGGAUACUUGGGUUGAUUGUAACACUUCAGGGAGUUCAAAACACUUUACAAACACUCUGUCAUUAAUUGUAGGGUUUUGUGAUGAGGGGAAAUAAACAAGCAGUAAAGUUGGGGCAUUCUCAAAGACGAGCAUGUAUCCAGAAGGUACAGACAUAACAAUAAUAAGUAGCAUGGAUAGGUGAUCUGUUACUAGGUGCCUGAUAUAUUUUUGUAAAAAUUGUCCUAUGUUAUCUCAUUUGAAAUGGGACCCAGAGUUCCUUACAACCCACCUCCCUCAUCAUUGAUAAGUUUACAUUACCAUUCAGUUGGCAAAUUAGUAGGCUUUGUGAUCGGCCUUUUAAUCUUAGUGCCUUCCCUCCAUUCCCACUUAGCAAAAACUACUGCUGCUCACUUUGCAAAUUCCUGUCCCCACAACAAGCUCCUCAAUUUAUUCUUAGUGAAGAAAGCAAGUGAGCAUAGUCAAACAAGGAGAUCGUUGAGUCAACUUAGAAAUGAAAAACAAAGUCCAGUCCACUUGAUAGUCAGAAAUGGACAUUUCAACACACUGUCAUUGAGCCAGAGACUGGAGAUGCAAAGGUGAGCCCGAAGCAAGGACUCCUGCCCUCCAGGAUCUUACCAUUUAGCAGAGGAUCCGACAUACAAGCAGGGAACUGCCGCAUCAAAUGUCAGGGGCGAGAGUACAGGUGCUGACUCAUUCAUAGUGCUUGCCUUUCAAAGUCAUGCUUCUGACAUGAAGGGUGGUUUUCUUUUAAGCAUGAAGACAAAGAGUGAAGGGAUGGUGUGAAGUAAGGGGGUCUCCUGCAGCUGUGAGUGGAAAUGUAGACACUUGAAGUUUCUCCGGCCAUCUAGAUGUUGUUUUAUUUUAGUAUGUUUUCCUGUUUAGUGUGAAGGGAAAGGCUUAUGUUGAUUACAUUGGUCUUUUUAUAUAACAGACUGACAUUUCAGAGCAUUUUAGCUGGAAGGUAAGGAGCACUUUGCUAGCAAUGGCUCGUUACAGAAAGCAAAUUAAGAAGACCUUUCGGAAAAUGGUAAGAGUUUGAAAAAAUUGGGAAGAUAAGUGUGUUAGGCAGGCUUGUUAGCCGUUUGCAGAAAGAAAAGUACAGAUGACGAAUGUCUGGACCCCGUGGUUUAUGAGGCCAACUUGCUUCCCUUUUUUGCUCUUGCUGAUCACUUAGUAUUGCUUUUUAAAUGUCAGAGAAGAUGUAAUUCAGCACAAACAAAUCAAUUUGCCAGUUGUGGGCAGGUUUCUUCUAUUUGUGUGGUCCUCCAUCUUAUUUAACUUUAGAUGCUUGAGUUUUGAGUAGAGGUAAUGUUAAAUACUCAGCUUAGAAUGUGCUUCUAAACUGGGAUUCUCCUAUUCCAGGUGCCAUGUAGGAAAAAUCAUAGGUGGAUACAAUAACCUUGUCAAAAUAUCAGUUUUAUUCAAAUAUUUGGGGAGAAAUAUCUUGUACUAAAACAAGACCUAUAUUAUGGAAUAGAAUGCUGAAUUUGUAUGAACUGUUUAUAUAAAACACAAUCAUUCAAAAAACAGUUUGCUUGCAUCAAGUUGUUAGAACACAUCGUAGAAUGCUGAGCAGAGGUUCAUGCUGCCCUCCACCUUCAGGAAUAUUCUGGUGGACAAAUUUGUGAUGCACUGACUUAGGCAAUAAAACAGAUGCUGCGGACAAAGACAAAGUUCCUUCCAUGGGAAAUAAUGUUUCUCAGUCUGCUUGCUUGUGCUUAAACCUUUUGUGUUAACGUAGGAUAUAAUACAUGACUACUUGUUUCAAAUCGUUUAUUCAUGGAUUUAAAGUUAUCUUUCCUCAUCUUUGGACUUUUAUUUACAGGACUUAAAUAAAGCUCUUCUGUUUCUUUUCAUCUUUGUGAGUCAUU